AAAAGAAAAACAAUGGGGAGUGUUGUUUUCCAUGAAUUCAAGAGACAAGCUUCUUUUUUCUUAAAAGAACAGAUCAAAACUGUAAGAUUGGCUUUAACAGAUGUUACACCAGUUGAAUUCUUAACUGAAGAAGCCACAGAUGGGAACAUGUUAUCACCAAAUGCAUGUAAACUGGCUGAAAUAUCAAGGGCUGCCUUUGAAGUUGAUGAUUAUUGGAGAAUUGUUAAGAUUUUACAUAAGAGGUUGUCCAAGUUUGAUGCAAAGAAUUGGCGAGCAUCCUACAAUGCUUUAGUAUUAUUGGAACAUUUGUUAACUCACGGUCCUUUAAGGGUUGCUGAGGAGUUUCAAGAUGAUGAACAUUACAUCAAGCAAAUGGCAAAUUUUCAGUACAUUGAUGAAAAAAGGUUCAACUGGGGACUGAGAGUGAGAAAAUUAUCGGAGAAAAUCUUGAAAUUACUUGAAAAUGAAUCAUUUCUCAAAGAAGAAAGGUCAAGAGCUCGACAACUAACAAUGGGGAUCAAAGGCUUUGGGAGCUUCAACAAUAUUUCGCCUUCAAAAGAUGAAAGUUUCAACUGGUUUAGCAACAAUGGAAGGUUUGGGUCUACGUUAUAUUUUGAUCAAAACGAUGAAGAGCAUUAUUUCUGGGAAUUUAAAGAGAAAUUAACUCCAUGGAAGCUUGAAGAAACUAAAGGUACUAAUAUGAGUUUAAAAAGAAGUAAAGAUGGAGAAUAUGAAAUGAAGAUGGAACAUCCAUUUUGCGAGCAUGAAAUGGAAGAUGUUUUAGAAUCAUUGCUUUCUUAAAUUAUGUGAAAAAAAAUAUGAAACUACAAAGACAGGUUUUGUUGUUGUUUUGAUAAUGCUAUGAUAGUGUUCCAAAA